UUACUUGGUGUAGUUCAGAUUUUUUUCGUAUUACAGUCAAAAUUUUAACAGAUAAAAAUUAAAAUUAAAUUAAAAAAGGUGAAAUUUCAAAUUGCAAUCAUUUAAUUUUUUUUUUUUUUUUUUGAUGAUAAAGAUCAUUGAAAUAAUUUUUUCUCGGGAUUAAAAAUAAAAGAAAAGAUUUUCUUGAAUAAAAGGAAAAUCAAUUAAAAAUAGAUUUCUUCAAGUGUGCAAUCGCGAUGGCUGCACCAGCAGCCUGUACGCGCUUCUCAGAUAAUUACGAUAUUAAAGAAGAGCUCGGAAAAGGUGCAUUCUCAAUUGUUAAAAGAUGUGUUCAGAAAUCAACUGGUCUGGAAUUUGCUGCAAAAAUAAUCAACACAAAAAAGUUAACUGCCAGAGAUUUUCAGAAGCUGGAAAGGGAAGCUAGAAUCUGCAGAAAAUUACAACAUCCAAAUAUUGUACGACUGCACGAUAGCAUACAAGAAGAGAAUUAUCAUUAUCUUGUCUUCGAUUUGGUAACCGGUGGUGAAUUAUUUGAAGACAUUGUUGCACGUGAAUUUUAUUCCGAAGCUGAUGCAUCACAUUGUAUUCAGCAAAUUUUAGAAUCAGUUAAUCAUUGUCAUCAAAAUGGUGUUGUACAUCGUGAUUUAAAACCAGAAAACUUAUUAUUAGCAAGCAAAGCAAAAGGUGCUGCUGUUAAAUUAGCUGAUUUUGGUUUAGCUAUUGAAGUACAAGGUGAUCAUCAAGCAUGGUUUGGUUUUGCUGGUACACCAGGUUAUUUAUCACCAGAAGUAUUAAAAAAGGAACCAUAUGGAAAAUCAGUCGAUAUAUGGGCUUGUGGUGUCAUCCUAUAUAUUCUAUUAGUUGGAUAUCCACCAUUUUGGGAUGAAGAUCAACAUCGAUUAUAUUCGCAAAUCAAAGCUGGCGCUUAUGAUUAUCCAUCACCAGAAUGGGAUACGGUAACACCUGAAGCUAAAAAUUUAAUAAAUCAAAUGUUAACUGUUAAUCCAUAUAAAAGAAUUACAGCUGCUGAAGCACUUAAACAUCCUUGGAUAUGCCAAAGAGAAAGAGUUGCUUCUGUUGUACAUCGUCAAGAAACGGUCGAUUGUCUCAAGAAAUUCAAUGCUCGUCGUAAACUUAAAGGCGCCAUUUUAACAACAAUGUUAGCAACAAGAAAUUUUUCAAUAGGUAGAAGUAUGAUCACAAAAAAGGGUGAUGGUUCGCAAGUAAAAGAAUCAACUGAUUCAUCAAGCACAACUUUAGAAGACGAUGAUGUUAAGGCUCGACGACAGGAAAUUAUUAAAAUCACCGAACAAUUGAUUGAAGCUAUCAAUAGUGGAGAUUUUGAUAGUUAUACAAAAAUAUGUGACCCACAUUUAACUGCUUUUGAGCCCGAAGCAUUAGGUAAUCUAGUCGAAGGCAUUGAUUUUCAUAAAUUCUAUUUUGAAAAUGUGCUUGGAAAAAAUUGUAAGGCUAUAAAUACAACAAUAUUGAAUCCUCAUGUACAUUUACUAGGUGAAGAUGCGGCUUGCAUUGCUUAUGUUAGAUUGACGCAGUAUAUUGACAAACAAGGACAUGCUCACACACAUCAAUCAGAAGAGACACGUGUAUGGCAUAAAAGAGAUAGCAAAUGGCAAAAUGUUCAUUUUCAUAGAAGUGCAUCUGGAAAAAUUAGUGGAGCAACGACUUUCGAUUUUAUUAAUCAACAACAAAAAUAGACUCUUUUAAAGUAGAUAAAUAAAUAAAAUAAAAGAAAAUGAAGAAAAUAUAAAAAAAAAUUUAAAAUAAAAAAAUUUAACUACAAAAAUAUUUAAAAUAUUGUAAUAUGUAUGUAUAAAUGUAACAUAUAAUGUAUACAGUAAAGCUUAGAUUAUUCGAAUUAAAACUUUAACUUCAAUAUAAAGAAAAAUAAAUUUUCUAAUUUACUUAAAUAUUUUUUAUUAAAUAUUUAGAUUAUUUCGGAUUUAAAUCACAAUAUUAUUUUAGAAAAAUAAAACACUAAAACUAUUUAUAUUAUAGAAGAAGUACAUACAAUAUUUAUGUACUUUAAAUUUUUUACUAAAUUUUUAAGAUAAUCGCGAUAAUAGAAAUAAAAAUUUUUUUUUGUUUGUUUUUUCUUCAAAUUGUGUUAAUUGUGAAAAAUUUGAAAUUACAAUUCCGUGUUAUUUUGAUGUGUAUAGUGAGUAAUAUCGUCAUUCCUAUAUAACAUAUUAGUACAAUAGCAAAAAUAAUUUUAAGUUUUAUAUUUUAUCAUUGUGUAUAUACUUUAUAAUGAUAUACAAAAGACAAUUUUUGUAAUAACACACAUGAAAUAUGUAAUUUUUUGAGUAACGCUACUCGCAAUUGUAAAAUUUUAGUUAUGCUUACUAGCUAUUACUCAAAAAAGUAGUUCGUUUGUGGAAUUACAAAAAUUGCCCUCUGUAUAUAAUUAUAAACUAUGUACAUAAGAUAUUAUGCAUUUUAAAAAUAUAAAUAUGUAUUUACAUUUUAAUAUUAUAUUUUGAUAAAUACAAAGAGAGAAAAAGUAGAAAAUUUUUCUGUGUCAAUUUUGUCACACACACAAACACACUCAAAAUAAUUCAAAUACUCGAAUUUUUCUCAUAUUUUUAAAACGUAAUUUAAAAAAGUUCGAUUUAUAGAAUUCUUACUCUAUAUAUUUAUUUAUAUUAUUUUAUGUGCAUUAAAAGUACAAUAAAUUUUAAUGGAAUUUUACAUAUAUAUGCAUGUCCGUAUUUGAAUAUCCUCUUAAGAAAUUAAAAAAAUCGUUUUUUUCUUAUUUUUUAAUUUAAAUUGUCGUACAAAAUUAAUAAUUAGAAAUAUUUUUAUUUAAAAUCACUUGUAAUUUUUUAAAUUAGGAUUGUAAAAUUGUAAUUCGAAAAAACAAAAUCUAAUCGUUAAUCUCUGCCAAUAUUAUAUAAUUUUUUGUUAAAAUCGUUUUGAUCAAAUUAAAUAGUAUUUAGGAUUCUUUUUGGUAUUUGGUUACAGUGAACAAAAGAUUAUCAGAGAAUUUUUAAUUAUAAAUAAAUUUUAUUUAUUUUAUGAAUUUUUCUUUUUUAUUCAUAUUUUUUGGUUAUCGGUCGAUUUAAAAAUGUUGAUUUUAAUUAAUUGAUUAAUUAAUUAAUUUUGAAUAUUCAAUUAAUGUUCAUUUUAAUUAAUUUUAAAUAUGUAAUAGUACAAAAUUUCAUUCCUUUUUUUUGCAUAUAAAUUUUUCAAUUUGAAGGUUUAUUUAAAUAAAAUAGUUUUAUUUAAUUUUCUUAUUAUUAAAGUUUUCUGGUUAUUAAGAAUCACUGAAAGUAAAUACAUUAAGAGCUCAGAUGGACCUGAAGUUUUAAUUUUGCAGCUGUCUGAUUGCUUAUUUGGAUGCCAUAGGUUUAUUGAAUAGCCCGCACACAUGCAACAGUAUGCAAUUAAGCAAUCGAACAGGUCGCAUGCAAUUAAGCAAUCGAACAACUUAAAAUUGCAACCAGUUUAUAAAAAAUUACAAAUUGUUCGAUUCCUUAAGUGCAUGCGAUCAUAUAGGUUGCAUGUGUGGGCGCUUGAAUAUAAACCUAUGGAAUACAUAUAAAGCAAUGAAAUGUUUCCACAACUAAAAGUUGCAUAUCUACCUGAGCACUAAUAUUGUGCACUUGGUCACCAUUAAUAGUGAAAAAUUCUAUACAUAUUUGUAAUUUACACAUAUAUAUGUAUACAUACUUAUAUAUAUAUAAAUUUUCUAAACCAAGUGUUUUAAAAUUUAAAAUGAGUUUUCUUUUUCUUUUUUGUUUGUAUAAGGAUCUGUUAAAAAUUUUUAAUUUCAUUGACACUUUAAACUUGUUUUAAAAAUAUUUUGUUUUUAAUUAUUCAAAAAAAAGUAUUUCUUUAUUCAUUUUACUUAUUUAUAUUUACUUAUCUUUUUUGUGUAUGUAUAUUUUUUGUUCAUUAAAAUUCUUAUUUUUUAAUUAAAUUUCUGGGCCCGAUAAAAUCUUAAUCAAUAGCCAAUACAAUUCUUUUAAUAAAUAACAAAAAUAAUUAAAUUUCUUAUUUACUAAAUAAACUUAUAUAUAUAUAUGUAUACCCGAGACCCUUCGGUUAAAGGAUCGGUGCCAUAAUCACUGCACCAUUGGUCAUAUACAUUUAUAUAUGUAUAUUUUUUUUCCAAAACGAGUGAAAUUUUUUUCGAACAACGGGAUUAGGCUAAAAUUAUAUAGAAUUAUAAUAAUUUAUGUAAUAUUCAUUCACUUUUUCCUAAUCUAGUUUAAGUGAGUAAAACAACAAAGGUGAAAUACAGAAUAUGAGGCUCUAAAUAAAAACAAAAUUGAUUAUUAAGUUUUUUGGAUAAGGAAAUGGUACAUGGUUAUAAAAUGUAAUUUAAAAAGAAAUAAUGUAUAUAUAAUAAAAGCACAUAUAUGUAUAUACAUAUAUAUAUAUAUUUAUAAAUAAAAAUAUAUUAGUAAAUUAAAGUUAAAUACACACUGGUUGCUUCAAAAUUUUUAAGGUCAGUGAUGCUGGUGGUGAUACAUUAUUGAAAAUUAAGUGCCGUAAUAAAAAAAAAAAUUAAUAGAAUAAAAUAGUUUAUUAUAUAGUUAACAAUACUUGUUUUAAGGAAAUUAUUUUAAAUUUUUUAAGAAUCCCCAACGACCCGCUCCUCUGUUCGCCACCGUGCUAGUCUAGUUCAUAAACAUAAUUUAGUCUAAUAAAUAAGCAUAUUGUGCAUGUACAUUUUUUUUAGUAGAAUAUUUUAAAAUUAAGUUGGAAAAUUUGUAGAUUUUUAUUUUUUCAAUAUAUUGAGUACAUUAUAAUUGUUAAUCGAAUAUAAUUUUUAAAUGUUAGUAAUUUCUUAGCUUAUCAGUUCUAUCAUGAAUUCGACUCAUAAUACGAAUUACGAAAGUCAGUAUUUUAUUUCAACUGACAAAUAUUCAUUUAUAUUUUUUUACUUUUUGGGUAAACAACUUUCAUCUAUAAAAGUGAGUAUAUCUUUCGUAGACUUUUCAAAUUAUUUUUACUAAAUAAUUUGAAAAGUCUACGAAAUUAUAAUAAUAUUCGGAGCAAAAUUUUAAUAAUUUCGAAGUUGACAAUAUGACAUUCGUAAUUUUCCGAAAUUCAGGGCUACGAACGGAAUUCAUAGUAGGGCUAUCUAUCAUUUUUGUUUUUUUUUUGUUUCAACUCGAAUAUAACAACUAAGAGAAAAAUUCUUGAAAGCACAAAUAAUUUUGUAAAUCAAAAAAUAGCAAAACACCCUAUUAAUAUUUUGUUGCCUUUCUUAAUUAGUUCCAGAUUUUCAUCACCAGCACAUCAUUCAAAUAAAAUAAUAAAUUUAUUGUUUUAAAAAACUUCUGAUUAUUAAAUGUUAAGAAGACACCUUAUAUUAAAAAUUUUUACGUAACUAAUUUAUCAUUAUAGCAAAUUUUAUCAUAUUUAAUUAAAAUUUACAAUUUGAAUAAAAAUGCAGAAAACAAAAAAAAAAAAAAUAAAAAUAGAAAAAUCUUUAUAUGUAUAAAACUUCUUCUUUUUUUAUAUUAUUUAUUCAUAAUAAUAAAAAUAUAUAAAUAAAAAAAAGUAUCAAAAAU